AUGAGCGAUCUUCACAAGGCUUUUGCCAAAUCAAAGCUGGCCAAGUUGCCGCCCGAGGCCCCUCUUCUAUCCGAGUCUUCGUCAAUGAACCACCCCGCGGAAAGCAGUCACGAUGAGGACUCCUCUUCAGUCUCAUCUGCAGGGACAGUGAUUCCUUCGCCGAGCAGGCAGCUGUUUGCUAGAGCUAGCCAGGGAUCCUCCGACUCCUCCUCACUGAGAUGGUCAGACUUCUUUGCUAAAGAGCUCUUUCUAACCCGCGAAACCGACACUCUCCGCAUCAUCCACCAUGUCUAUCUCACGCCACCCACCGACUCAGGUCCACUCUUCGUCAUGCACCAUGGCGCUGGUUCAUCAGGACUCUCGUUUGCAACCUGCGCAGAAGAAAUCCGCAAGAUCCUCCCCAAAGCGGGGAUCCUGUCACUAGACGCACGCGACCACGGCCGCACGUCGGUGCAACGGACGGAUGGAGGAGCAGGAGCCGCCGCACUAGAUCUUAGCCUCGAGACGCUCAACCAAGACCUGGUCUACGUUGUUCGCAAGACCCAGGCGGAAAUGGGCUGGGAGGAGCUUCCCGACCUGGUUCUUGUGGGGCAUAGUCUCGGGGGUGCGGUGAUCACUGAUGUUGCGAAGAAGGGGGAGCUCGGCUCUAAAUUACUGGCUUAUGCGGUGCUGGAUGUUGUCGAGGGCUCAGCCAUGGAUGCCCUCCAAAGCAUGGAGAAAUAUCUCUCCACUCGCCCUUCUAGAUUCCCCUCUUUGACAUCGGGUAUUGAGUGGCACACACGAUCCCGAACAAUCCGAAACAGAACCUCCGCCAGAGUCUCCGUCCCAUCCCUCCUAUACAAAGAAGAAACGCCCUCAGACCCCUCAAAACCAUGGGUCUGGCGGACCAACCUCUCCGCCACGAAGCCCUUCUGGGAAGACUGGUUCAUCGGCCUCAGUCGUAAAUUCUUGGAGGCGCGCGGCGGCAAACUCCUCCUGUUAGCCGGGACAGACAGGCUGGAUAAGGAGUUGAUGAUCGGGCAGAUGCAAGGGAAAUAUCAACUCCAGGUCCUCCCCGAAGCGGGCCAUUUCGUCCAGGAGGAUAUGCCGGCGAAGACGGCCCAGAUCUUGGUGGAUUUUUACAAGCGGAAUGAUCGGAGCGCGCUGGUGCUUCCGCCAAAGGUGGCUGAUAUGCAGGCUUCCGCUGCCAUGCAGAAGGGUGCAGGUGCCGGUGCUUCGUUUAGUGCUUUGCAUGGUGGUGGCAGCGCGGGACAUUUGCAUAAGCCGUAG